AUGUCUGUCCCUUCUUCGUCAUCUAAUAGAAUAACUGACAGUAAAUCAGGUGGUACAAGUCCAAGUCCUGUAGAGGGUAUUGAAGGUGUACCAGGGCCUAGUUCCUUAGAACCUAUGCAUUCUGUUUUACCACAAGAUGGAGAAUCUGAAGAUUUUUGUGAAGAUGGUGAGGAGGAAGAGGAUGAUACCAGUGAAGAAGAUAGUGAAAUUAGCGACACAGGGAUAUUUUGUGACACAGAAUGCGAACCCGACCUUGAAAGUACCAAUUAUUCACUGUCUGCAUCCCAAACACAGUCUCUUACACAGCGGGUACAUAGUCCUAUUCUACACACCUGUGUACCACUGGAUGUUGUUCAACCUCAAAGAAAACGUAAAAGCGAAACAGAAUCGAGUUUACCUUGUAAAAAACUUAAUCCGGAUGAUAAGUCACAUUCGAUGAUUAUUAAAAAAUUGGAUGAUAAAAGUAAACAUAUGAGGUGUGUUAUUCCAACAAAAGAUAAUCCCCCGCCUGAAAUGAGUGAUUGGCUUCUUCAAUUUCAGAGGUGGUCGAAUGCAGAAAGAAUGUUAGCUAUUGAUGAAUUAAUUGAGCGAUGCGAACCAACGCAAGUACGACACAUGAUGCAGGUGAUAGAGCCACAGUUCCAGAGAGAUUUCAUAUCGUUAUUGCCGAAAGAGUUGGCCCUGUCGGUACUAGCUUUCUUAGAGCCAAGAGAUCUCUUACGUGCCGCUCAGACGUGUCGUAAUUGGCGAUUUCUUGCCGACGAUAAUUUACUAUGGAAAGAAAAGUGUAGAGCGGCUGGUAUAGAAGAUUUAAAAGACUUGCCGCCUACGAAACGUAAGAAUGGUAGAAAUUCCGGUAACACAUCGUCCCCGUGGAAACAAGCGUACAUGAGGCAGCACAAUAUUAAAAUGAAUUGGAGGACGAAACCCAUUCGCACGCCAAAAGUUUUAAAAGGUCACGACGAUCAUGUGAUCACGUGUCUCCAGUUCUCGGGUAAUCGUAUAGUGAGUGGUUCCGACGACAAUACUCUUAAAGUGUGGUCUGCAGUUACGGGCAAGUGCUUGAGAACGUUGGUCGGGCACACUGGAGGUGUAUGGUCCUCUCAGAUGUCUGGUACCACUGUAAUCAGUGGUAGUACGGACCGUACGUUAAAAGUGUGGAACGCUGAAACUGGUCAGUGCAUUCACACGUUGUAUGGGCAUACAUCGACGGUGAGAUGUAUGCAUUUGCACGGUAAUAAAGUGGUCAGUGGCAGCAGAGACGCUACAUUAAGGGUGUGGCAAGUAGACACUGGCGAAUGUUUACACGUGCUGGUGGGCCAUUUGGCAGCUGUUAGAUGCGUGCAAUACGAUGGAAAGUUAGUAGUCAGCGGGGCUUAUGAUUAUAUGGUUAAGGUUUGGAAUCCGGAACGCGAGGAGUGCCUUCAUACUCUACAAGGACACACAAAUCGUGUUUAUUCCCUCCAAUUCGACGGUGUACACGUUGUUAGCGGUUCUUUGGAUACAAGCAUAAGAGUAUGGGAAGUUGAAACCGGUGCGUGUAGACAUACUUUAAUGGGACAUCAGUCGUUAACAUCGGGAAUGGAAUUACGCAAUAACAUUUUGGUGUCUGGAAAUGCGGACUCGACUGUUAAAGUUUGGGAUAUCGUUAGCGGUCACUGCCUUCAAACACUUUCUGGUCCAAACAAACAUCAAUCUGCGGUUACUUGUCUUCAGUUUAACAGCCACUUUGUUAUUACCUCGUCCGACGAUGGCACGGUUAAACUUUGGGACGUUAAAACUGGUGAUUUCAUAAGAAAUUUAGUAGCACUGGAGAGCGGCGGAAGUGGUGGUGUUGUGUGGAGAAUACGCGCGAGUGAUACGAAACUAGUGUGUGCAGUGGGUAGCCGUAACGGCACAGAAGAGACCAAACUUCUUGUUCUCGACUUUGACGUAGAGGUAAAAUAGUGCAUUUUUUUUUUGCAACAGAAACUGUCCUCUAUGUCUUCUGUACAUACUCUGAUUAGGUAGCGCAAACAAUCGUCUGUACAAUGAUUCAUGUAGUACGUGGGUGUGAUUGUGAUAAGAAUGUAUGUCGAUUACCUAAAUGGAGAUCGUGAACAGUCGGACGUGAAUCUGUAGUUACUGGAAAUGAUCUCCGAACUGGUGGGAACGUUCGAACCGAAGGCAUUAAUUAUAUUAAUUAUGGAGUGUAUAAUUAAUUAAUGGUGUACAAAUAUGAAAUUUGAAAGACUCAACAAAUUUACGAAGAACGAGGAGCUUAUCAGUGUACUAUUGUAUUAUUGCUGUUACGAAAUCUGAAGGAAAUCGGUAGCAAUUUAAAUGAAAUCCAGCCCGCCAUACGCAUUACGACUACCUAACACGAUUUGUAUGGGCGUUUAGGAAAGUAUUUUUAAACUACAGAAAGAAAGAUUUGUUACCGUAUUUGUCAAGCUUAUAGAUGAAGAUUAUCGCUUAAAGAAUCUCAAAUUUUGAAAAAUAAACGGAAAGUUCAAACGAAAGAUAUAGAAAAGACAAGGAAAAAAAUAU